AUGCGUCCUGGCGCCCACCCUCUUCAAUCUUAUGUUCUCUGCCAUGCUGAUGGACGCCCCGGGAUCCGCCUCGCCUACGGGACGGACGGCCACCUCCUCAACAAAAGUAGGAUGCACUUUCAAUCGCGAGUAUCCACAACCACUCUUCACAAACCCCUCUUCGCCGACGACUGCGCCCUGAACACCACCUCGGAAGGGGGUAUACAAAGGAGCAUGGAUCUCUUCUCCGCCGCCGCCUGCGAGAACUUUGGUCUGGUCGUCGACACGCAGAAGAUGGUAGUCAUGCAUCAACAGCCACCCAACACAGCUCACAAUGCGCCGCAAAUCAGCGUGAACGGAACCCAAUUGCAAGUAGUGGACAACUUCCGUAUCUGGGCAGUGCCCUUUCCUGCAGCAAGAAAAUCGACGAUGAAGUAGCCCGCCUGAAUUCGAAGGCCAGUCAAGCCUUCGGCCGUCUUCAAAGCACAGUUUAGAAUCCUCAAGGUCUUCAGCUCAGCACGAAGCUGAAGAGGUACAAGGCCGUCGUCGUUCCGACGCUGUUGUAUGGAGCUGAGACUUUUACGAUGUACACGAAGCAAGCACGCCGGCUCAACUGCUUCCCCCUCAGCUGUGUUCGCCGCAUACUGAAGCUGAGGUGGCAGGGCCGAAUCCCGGGUACUGAUGUACUGAAACGGACGGGAAUCCUCAGCAUUUACGCCGUGCUGAGACAACUACAACUGCGUUGGAGCGGCCGCCUCGUGCGGACGUACGACAAGCGGCUACGCAAAUGACUCUUCUAUAGAGACGUCGCCUCGGGUUCCCGUAGCCAAGGAGGUCAGAGUCUUCGCUACAAGAAUACUCUGAAGUCCUCCCUGAGGCGUCCGCAAAUUAACCCGACCAACAGGGAAGACCUUUUCCGAGACCGACCGACAUGGAGUAGGACAGUGAAGACAGGCGCUGUGACCUACGAAGCCAACCGCAUUGCCGCCGCGAAAGCCGAACGCGAAGCACACAAGUCUCAGCUGCGCUCAGCCCGCACUGCCAAUGCACAACCGCCCUCCGCGUGUCCACGCUGUCAACAGACAGUCCGGGCGCCAUUUGGACUUGUUGGACACCUCCGGAUCAACUGCACCGUUCGGACUGCACCAAUCGACCUCCCUCCGUCCGCCUCUUCCUCGCACUCUACGCCGUCAACUAAUUCGGGCCGCCUUCCUAAACUAACACUUCCAUACGUCCUCUUUUCCACCUCCUCCUCCUCCUCCUCCUCCUCCUCCUCCUCCUCCUCCUCCUCCGCAGUCCUGACACACCCACCACGCCCAAAGCCGCCGUCACUUUGUCGUCCUAUGCGCCCCCCACAAUCACCAUCCUCCAGUAACCGACACCGACACCAACAACUGCUCAUGUCCACACUGUCCGCGCACAUUUACCCCACUCAUCGGCUUGGUCGGUCACUUGCGAAUUCAUCGCACAGGCACUGGCGAUCCAGUGCUUGA